GGAGCAGUGGCUAGCCAAAUAAGGCCAAGUCCUGGUGGGGAUGCUGAAGUCUACCAAAUCCCUCUUCAAGACAUCUUUGAAGCGUAGUUUUGGACGUCCAAUGGGUCGGUCUCCAUUUUCGAGGACUCCAUAAAGUAUUGAGCCUGAGUUUAAAGGGUUUAAAAUUGCGAUCAACAAACGAUAUCUUCCCGAUCUCGGCACAGUCUCGUGGGAUUCUGCGUGGCGUCUUUGAGAUACCGUAGCGAGGAUGUUUUUUUCGAGAUCGUUCUCACGACAAGGGGCUCCCCAACGACUGGUUUCAUAGAGGAGCUUAAUACGGGAUCGAUCUACAACCAAUGGUCACUUCCUUCUCACGGACGUUGCAUCCAAUGAAACGCAGUUGUUGCCCCCAAUUGGCGUACGAGGCGGUCACCUACCAUUUUCAUUAAUUAACAAAAGAGGCAGGAUCUAUCAAUGCUCGUUCUGCUCCCAGUGAACAACAUCUCUUAACCAUUGGGGUCAGAGGAAUUUAAUCGCGUGACGUGUUUGUAUUGGCUAUAUCGAAUCCCAGUCAACGGAUAGAAUAUCAGUUGGUCUUCUGGAGCAGUGAAGGUCUCUGAGGCAGAGUGGUCUAACAUUUCCUCCUUUUGGAAUUCAGGAAAUUAACCGGAGACUCGGACUACGCGAGGGGUGCACGCUAACACAAAAACAACCCGCGCAUUAAGCACACAUACCACACCACAAGCAGUUAACGGACUCUCUUAUAAACGGAGCAGCCACACAGUGAAACAACCAGAAAGAGUUAGUAUUACCAUCGCCAUGUCGGGAUUAACAAUAUCCAACUUUUCUGAAACUAUUAACUCCAGUGAUUCCUCCGAUUAUGACUACCCCACGUAUGAGUAUUACGAGGAACCCGUCUGGAUACAGGCGAUUUUCAUCUUCCUCUACGGAACCGUGAGCGUAAUAGGUAUCUUCGGAAAUGGUAUCGUAUGUUACAUUGUCCUCGGGCAUCCUCGUAUGCGUACGGUCACCAACUACUUCAUUGUCAACUUAGCCAUCGGGGAUCUUCUAAUGGCGGCAAUGUGUGUCAAUUUCACAGUCUAUGCGACUCUAUACAACCAAUGGCCGUUUGGCGAACUUAUGUGUAAGCUGGUAUCCUUUUCACAGACCAUCUCGGUGUCUGUUAGUAUUUACACGCUAGUGGCUAUAGGGGUAGAUCGUUACUUUGCAAUUAUCCACCCUUUGAGACCCCGUAUGGGGUCUAAAGAGACCCUGUUCGUGAUCGGGGUGAUCUGGGUCAUAUCCAUCGCCCUCGCUCUGCCCGCCGCUCUCUUCACCACCUUAGAAUCUCAGGGAGGAAGCACGUUUUGUACGGACGGUGCAUGGGAGGACUCGCUGGUGUACUCUCUAAUAUGUAUGGUCUUACAGUAUUUCCUUCCAUUGGCCGUGCUCAUGGGGGCGUACAUAAGAAUCGGAAAGAGAAUUUGGGGCCGGAGGACACCGGGAGAAGUGGAGGCGGAAAGAGAUAAGAAAAUGAGCGAAUCUAAAGCAAGGCUGGUGAAAAUGUUUGCAACCAUAGUGUUGCUUUUUGCUCUUUGCUAUAUGCCAAUCCAGAUAUACACCAUUAUGCAGGACAGCAACCGUAGUAUACUCUCUUUCUAUUACAUUAAGAUAGUGUACCUUUGUUGCCUUCUGAGUGCUAUGAGUAACUGCGUGUACAACCCCUUCAUUUACUGUUGGAUGAACAUCAAAUUCCGGAACGGGUUCCGGUCCGUGUUCCGGUUCCUGCCGUGCGUCAACUACCAGGGGGACUGGAACGGCUUCACGGGGCUCCGGCGCGCAAACACGGCACAGACCCAGACAGAAACGAUGUCCAUGGGCUCCCGGAACGACCGGGGUAGAUGGUGGACCCAGGACCAGGCAAAGAUCGCUAAGAAUGGAAGGGCAUCAAAUUCCGAUGGAGAGACAAGAACAUCUUUCAUGUGAUGUAAUUUUAUUGAAGAAAAAAAAACAAGCCUUUGGGGACAUAUUAAAUUAGUUUUGGAAUAGACCAAUAACAUAUUCUUCUUCUUUAAAAAAAAGUGAUCAAGUGAAACUUUUGUGCAAUCCGUGUUUAACAAUUUUAUACAAAGGGCAAAAUUGUCACAAAUUGAUGUUAAUAUUUUUGAAGUAGUCAAUGAAGCGUGGCCCGCAUUAUGUGAUUAUUAAAAAGUGCCUGCUCUCCCGUGCAAUCAUCUCAAACAGUACAAUGAAAACAUGAAUAACGGAAUAUUUAAGGUCAAAGGGUGAAACAGUCGACCUCAACAAAACAAUGGGAAAAAUACAUAUUUGUUUUUGUUCAUCAGUGCAACAAUCGAGGACCAACUUUAUUUCACAAAAAAAAAAAACAACCCGGCUAUUUGUUGAUUUCAUUCAAAUUAACCUGUCAUGGCAAGUUGUUUUAAAUAUGAUGGUGUUAAGCAAACAAGUCUUGUGUUGAGCAACGAUGGGUAGUCAUUAUUUAGAAACACUUUGCAAAGCAUUAUGACACCCAACCUGGGCCCAAUUUCAUAGAGCUGCUUAAGCACAAAAUUUUGCUUAAGCCAAAAAAAAAUUGCUUAGUAAAAUCAGAUUACCGGCCAAGACUCCACUCAACUGUUAUGCUAAGUAAACAACAGCUAAAAACCAGUAAGAGGCAAUGUGUAUAGCAUACAAUUUUGGCCAGUAACAUGUGUAAAAUAAGCAAGCUAUUUUCAUGCUUAAACAAUUUUUUUGCUUAAGCAGCUCUAUGAAAUUGGCCCCUGGUGUUAAUUUUACACUUUCGGUUUUACAGUCACAGUGGUAUACAACGUAUAAGAAAUAUAUUUUUUAGAGGCACUGAAUGCAUUUUGUAGUUGUCAAUUAUUGGUGUUCUCACUUGGUGUAUCCCAAGAUAUCUAUAAAAUAACAAAUCUGUGAAAUUUUUGACUCAAUUCGUCAUCGAAAUUGCAAGAGAAUAAUGAAGAAGAAAAAAAACCUUGUUGCACACUUAAUUUGUGUGCUCUCAAAUGCCAAGUGGCCCCAGGCCUGAAAUACUUUGAUAUAUAUUUGAGUGAGAAAUAACCUCUUUCUCAAACACUACAUAACUUUAGAGGGAGCUGUCUCUCAUAAUGUGUUAUACUGCAAAUAGCUCUCAAUUGCUCAUUACCAAGUGAUUUUUAUGACAGCAAUUAUUUUGAGUUACUACCAAUAGUGUCCAGUGCUUUUAACAACCUACGUGAUGAAAUGCAAUUCGGCUGGUAGAUAAACAGAGUACCGAAGGGAACAAGUGUGUACCUUUUGCAAACUGAUAAGGGAAUUUGUUUAUAUUUUAUAAUGAAAAGAUUGUUUAUCUUCGAAAGAGUCACUAUUUAACGUAUUGUUAAUGUAUUUACUGUUCAUGUAUGUAGCAAUUAUAAUUAUUAUGACAAACACAAAUUUACAACACAUGUGCCAGCUGCGUAUUGUUCUUCGUAUACCUCGGACUGAACAGUACACAAACAGUGUCCAUAUUAUGAAAACGUUUCCUCAGUUAAUAAUCCAAGCUAGACAAAAUUAUAGACCCGUUCCGGAAAAUUUCUGACCUACAUUGGAGUCAAUAGUGACCUAAAUUGUUAACUAAUGACCCGGAGACGACAAAGAAAAAAAAAUGGAACAAGUUGUGAGAAUCGAGAAUACCUAAAAGCUGGUCUAUAGUUCAUUAUUAAUCAGUUAUAUUGUGUGUGUUAUUUAACAAUUAUUCAUUAAUAAUGUUUGCUUAGAGGUAUCUGGUUCUGCAUCGUUGCGUUGACCUAAAACAUUCAGCGUUGGGAGAAUAGACCUCUCUCACGGUGUAGUCAUCAUUACUUUACAUUCUAACUCAUUUGAACCAAACUGAGGCUGGACGAAAAAAUAGUCUGGUACCAUGCGCAAUGAAUGUUAGCAUUCAUUACUAAUAUUGGAAACAUGAAACAUGACCAAGAUGGUGACAGCGCGAUGGAGGUCUUUUGGACGGUUGGUUGAACAACGAUGGGGUUGUUUUUGAGGAAAAGUAAUAAUCAUAAAUAGAAAGAUGCUCUGAUGUGAUAAAAUGAGAGGAUAUUUCGUAUAGUCGGAGAUCAGUAACAAAUGGUGUCAGUGUAUUGUGAUGUUGGAGUGAGAUUGUUAGAUGUUAAAGAUGCUUAGUCAAUUUUUUGCCCCAAACAUUAAAAAAUAGAUUUGUUUGAGUGAAUGGUAUUUCAAAGAGUAUCACCCGC